AUGAGAUCUCUUUUCCAUCCGUCGUUGGUGGUCUUCGGGCCUGUAUUUGCGAUUCCCUUCAAGCAGCAGAAAAUUGACGAAGUUAUCCGCGUCGACCAUGCCGGCGAGGUGGCAGCCGUUCGCAUUGCGAGGCACCAGCUCGAGUGGAUGUCGCCACUGAACGAUGCAUUCCCUAUCGCACAAGAAAUCCUUGAUGAUGAAAUUGUCCAUCAGGAUGUGAUGACUGAGCUUGCGGAGCGGCAUGGUGUGAGGACUACUACGCUUGAUCCCCUUUUUAAGCUUGGGGCGUUUUUAUUGGGAUCUGGGACGGCGGUGCUAGGUAAGGAUGCGAUGAUGUGCUGCCACGCCGCUGUUGAGAUCACAAUUUUCGACCACUAUAAUGAUCAGCUACGUGAGCUCGAGGUUCUCGAGGACAAGUGCUCUGGAAUGAAAGAGAGCGAGGUUGAAAAGAACGCUUGGAGAGAUGUGAAAAACUACAUUGUAAAGUUUCGAGAUGAAGAGAAACAUCACCAGGAGUUAGGAGAACAAAACGGCGCUGACCGAGCACCUGCCUACCCACUUCUUUACAACGGUAUUCGGCUUGCGUGCAAAAUUGGUGUUGCGUUGGCUAAGCGUAUCUGA